AUGACUACCCACAAGAAGAUCGACUUCUCUUUGCUGAGGAGACACAACUCUUCGUCGACAUCCUUAUCAGAACUCCCACCGACGGUCCCGACCCUUGAGUCUCCCCUCACAUUCCACGCCAUGACCAAAUACGAUCGGGUCAUCGACUCCCCUCUCAAGAGCGACAAGAUGGGACUUGAUCCGGCUACACCAGCUAUGUUCGUCGAUGGAGGGGAUGUUCAUGCCAUCACUUCCGACUUUGCGACGAACUUCGCUGCCGAUCCUUCAUCUAGUUCUUUGACACACAAAGAAAUUGAGAGGGAGCCACCGUACAGGUCAAAGAGCCAGUAUUUCGAUAACGCGUUCAACCUACGGGGCUCCUCACUGUCUCCCAGAACACGCUUAAGCGAAAACUCCUUAGUUGUGGUUGAGCUAAGGAUCAAAAAUGAUUAUUCGCUGGCAGCUGUCAUUGCUUCUCGAUUGGCGCGAAUCUACCAGAAGCCCGAUACUUCCAUGAUGGUCAACAUCCAACACAGCGCAUGUCUUCAUUUCGGCAAUCCGAAACAGCCGUCCUAUCUGAUAAAAGUCUUUGCCUUGCCGUAUAUGAUUGCACCGAUUACCAACUUGCGGAGCACUGUUCUCAUCCAGACAGCUCUGCAGCAAAUCCUGCGCAUCCCUCCGGAUCGUGGCAUUGUAUUGUACUCUCCUAUCUCCGACGAGAACCUUGCGACCAGUGGCACGACCAUGUCCAGUGAGAUCGCACGUCUUGAACACCGUUCUGAGGACGAAGAUCCUGGAAUCCUCAGAACAAUAUCACGAUCGAUGAGCCGCAGAAUAAAAUCCAGCAGCACUAACAGUGCGCCUAUCUCUGACGCCACAACCUCUUCAUGGCCAUUGGAUUCAGAGCCGUCUGCUACUGACAACGUGAAAGGUGCUUGUGGUAAGGAUAUUCGCACGAGUGAUAUGACUCAAGGAACUGUCAAAAAAUCUCGAAGCAUUCGCCGUUUCCUCUCGCGCGGUCACUCGGAACCCUCGCAGGCGGCAGAGGACCCGAACUAA